CAAUUUCACUGGUUCCAACACUAACAAAAAUUUUAAACUGCGGUUCUGGAAAAGAUCCAAACCCACAUAAACAUCAACUACAUCCUUCCUGAAAAAUCUUUCGGAUUCAGGAAAAACGUUUCAACGACAACAUGCAUUAAUUUCCUCACAAAUAUCGUUAAGGAUAGCAAAAGGAAAAAACUUAUUACAUCUAUUAUUUUCAUUGAUUUAAUGAAUGUGGGCUUGUGAUAUAGCUCAGUUGGCAAGUCUGUUGUCUCCUGAGCCGAUGUCCGCGAGUUCGAGCCCAAGAGUAAACAUCGAACACAGUUGUACCGGAUAGUUUUUCAAUAACGAUCCGCCAACUGCAACGUUGAUAAAGUCGCGAAUGCCAUCAAGAUGGUAAAACGACUAUAAUCGAAACAAAAAAAAGUUAAAGAGGUUGUUUUAACACGACCGUGAUCGUAGAAUUACGAUUGUAUUGUGUAGUCAUUUGAAUCAUUUUAGUUCCAUACUGUCCGCCCCGGUAUUUUUCUACCUGUAGAAAUUUUAAUUCUUAAAUCCCAGGAGAAAAGAAGAAAAAGCUCUUUUCUGAUCAUUUGCCUUUUUGUCAUAUCAAGUUGUAAUAUUCAAGUUUGAUCACUAACUUAAGUGUUUUGAACACCCUUAUUUUCAACUUAACACAGUAGAGAAGAAGAAAUUGAAAGAAACGGAAAAACACUGCGAAAAACCAGAAUAGCCAUCGUGUUAGGCAAGCUGGAAGCAGCGAUAACAGCGCGCGAGCUUCAUUCAUUAGGUUGGCGUCCUCCCGUGUGAUCGCAGCAAGCGCCGAUAUCUCUUCGUGGAACUAAUUUUUCACAUCCAACAUAAAUUAUGAGUAAGAGAACGAGAAAGGAAAGACCGUUCUUACCAGCUUUGGGCACACUUACACCGCGGGAAAAUUGAUAAUCCAUAAUUUAGUGAAACCAAAGCCUCCAUCUUCCCUUUGAGAGUUCCCUCGACAAUACCCUUCCGAGUUGGAGGCUCUGACUCAGAGCUUUCGGAUGAUGUUUUGCUGCUUGGUCGAACGUCAAAGACAUCGUCACUUACUGUGACCACACGGGAGAAUGCCCAACAAACGAAUGAAGCUAACGCGCAGCAGUGUCUGGCUUUUUAAAGCUUUCCAACUUGUGGAACACGAUUUUUUUUCGCGGGAUUUUUGUGGAACACGAUGGGGGUUUUUGCUCGUUUUUAGGAAUUUUGGGCUGUCGCUGUCGCAAGGGAUUUUUUGUUUCUGCCAUUUUCCCUUAUCUUUCUAUGUUAAUUAUAGACUACCGAAGGUCUGCUGACUGAAUCUGUUCAGUUUUUUUUAAAUAUCCUUUGAAAUCAUAAAUAUUUUUCUCACCUAAAGCCAAAUCACAAUUUUCAUGUAGAAAAACAGUUACCAAUUUUAUUUAAAUCUGGACUAUUUGGAAUCCGAAUAUUCAAAUGUUUUUAGAUUUGAUUUAGAAUAAGUUUUAUAAAAAGCACAUGAAAUAUUUUUAAACAGGUUUGUUGGAUUCAAGUUUUGAAACUCUUGUCGUUAAUGCAAUGUCCUGAGAAAGACUCUUUUAUUUUGGUUAGGAAAAGCAGCAGCUUUCUAUGCUAUUCCAGCUUCUUCGGGUGUCUUCUUUUGAUCAGCGGCUACAAACUGGCUCGUACCUUUUUGCACCUUUCAUUUGGUUUGCUGAGAGACCUUGUCGAGGUUGGGAGUUUCGGUUGCUUGGCUUUCACCGGGGUCGGGUGGCUAAAGCAAAGAGAGUAACAACGACCGACAUUAGCAUUUAAAAAUUUUAACACGACUGAAGCUUGGCUAGUGCUCGGCAGGCAUAUUUAUAACUUUCGAAGCACAAAUAAGUAUUUGCGCUUUAUUGGUAUUGGUGUACCAACACAUAGCCGACCCAAAAUAAUGUACGGAAAAGAUGUCUUUGAAAGAGGCGUUUUUCGUGACGCGAGAUCCGUUCGCGAAUUUUUACUUGACCCCCUGCCGUAAGACGUAAUUCUACGUCAAAAAAAUUGAUUUAAUGAAUGCAUUCAAUGCUGUCAAAACAGAACUUUUGGAAGAUAUUAUGACAAACCAACGAUUUCCUCCAGAAAUUGUAGUGUGGGUUGGAUACUUCCUGAGAAACAGGAAGCUAUCCAUGCAAGUCGGGCAAAGCUCUGUGAUACGAACAAUCAGUAAUGGAUUACCUCAGGGAGACGUACUUUCACCCACAUUAUUUAAUUUAUACACUUCUGACUUACACCUUACUCCGAAUGAAGACGCAGAUAUUCUGCAAUUUGCUGAUGACUUUGCCCUGGUUGUUAGAGGAAAAUCUCUUGAAACAGUAGAACAGAGGACUCAAGAAUUACUGAACAAUUUUGUUUCCAGAGCUAGAAGGUUGAACUUUCAAAUUAACCCUGCAAAGACUAAAGCGUUACUUCUCCUCAGGGGAAAACGCAAACUCAAUAUCCGAAUACAUAACGUACCUGUGGAAACGGUCGCGAGCCACAAAUAUCUGGGUAUCCAUAUAGACCGAUCCUUCGGAUUUGGGAUUCACGCUAAACAAACUGCAAAACAAAUUCAGGAACGGCUGAGAAUGAUGAAAGUUAUUUGUGGAACACGUGAAGGAAGCCAUCCUCAAACUAUGUCAUUAGUUUUCAACGCACUACUACGUAGUAAAGCUGAGUAUGGAUCCUCAAUAAUCGGGAACACAUGCAAAACUAAUAAAGAAAAAAUACAGGUCAUCCUAAACGAUGCUAUGCGUAAAGCUACGGGUUGCAGCAGAACUACCCCUCGAAAUACGCUUCUAGCUAUAGCUGGUCAAGAACCAUGGGAAGUAAGAAAUAAAUUUGUUACAUGUAAGGAAACUGCUAGAACUGUAUACUACAGAACUCCAGUUUACAACCAACUACAAAAAGUGUCAGACUUUAGAGGAGAUACGAAGAAGCUAAGUUUUAUGGAAAAAAUAUUCGUGGAAUAUCAAGAAACGUUUAUGCGCAUAAGUCCUAUGGUACAAUCCAAGAAAAUCGAAGUGAACAUCUCUACAAAUAUUGGCAUUAACUGUUCCAAGAACAAUGUCAAUCCAAGAGUGUUGAAACAAAAAGUGCUGGGUAUCCUUAACAGUCGAUACAACCACUGCCAUCGAAUCUACACGGAUGCAUCGAAAUUAGGUGAUAGAUGCGGUAUUGGAGUCUACAUAGAAUCUAGAAAAAGAAAAAUUAUAUUGGCGCUCGACCGAGAAACAAGUAUUAUGACAGCUGAACUUCUAGCAAUUAACACCGCAACAGAAGAAAUUAGAAAGGAAAGGUUCGAAAACUCAGUAAUUUUGACGGAUUCGCUGUCAUCUUGCACAUUACUUGGAAACUCUCUUGACCAAAUUAAUCGAUGUAAAAUCGUUGACGCAAUUCUAAAGUCCUGUGAAGAAUUGAACAUACAAAUUCAGUGGAUCCCUAGUCAUAUCGAUCUUUCAGGGAACGAUAUUGCAGAUGAGUUGGCCAAAGAAGGAACCGGAACUAACGAUAUCGAAUCGAUACGAAACCCAAUUUUGCUCAAGGACGCUUACCUCUAUUUUGAAAAACAUAAACAAAAUCAAGCAAACAAUUGGUACACGCAGAAAAAGAAAGGGGGUUGGUUUCAACAAAACGUUUUGUUAUUUUAUUUUACAUUUUCAAUGCAGAUUUUUUGAUAGCUUUCACAAAAAAAUCGAUCGGAAAUAAUAAUAAAAUUUUGUAAUUUUUACACACUCCUUUUUUAUUACUUACAAAUGAAAUUUGGUUUAAUUUGAAACCAAAAAUCGACUAAUUUAAAUAAACGUGUAGUAGGUCUGUAAAUAAAAAAACAAAAGAAAAAAAAAGAAAAAUUUGCGGGAAAAAAACAAAUUUCUAUUCUGAGCAGCGAGCAGCAGCAGCCGAAACAUUUUGAGCAGCUGCCGAGCAACAAUUCUCAUUUGUCGGUGCGGCCGGACCUCUUCAUCGGAUUUGUCCCAACAUGCAGCAAAAAGGAACAGAUCGAAGUCGGACUAACGUGCGAUGCUCCCUACUUUCGUCCAGCAGUGGGUUAAUUAUUCCCGAAGCCAGCGAUUAGUGGUGAUGAGUUUUUCAAAAUGUGCUAAGGGGGAACACGAAGACAAUUCCCAAAGAAUAAAGGCAUUAAAAUGUGAAUAAAUGAAGUAUA